AUGUUCGCCAUGGCGGACGCAGAGAACACCACCACCAACGAAAGCUUGCUUCUGCCUGUAGACAGAGCCGAGAAAGUGACAUGGAGAGAUCUAAGAGACGGAUCAUUCACAUACGAACUCAAGCGUCUUAUCUGUUUCGCAGCUCCAAUGGCUGCAGUGGUUAUAGCUCAAUCAAUGUGGCAGAUCAUCUCAAUGGUAAUGGUGGGUCACCUCGGAAAACUCUCACUCGCUGGUGCAUCUCUCGCUUCUUCCUUCUGCAACGUCACUGGCUUCAGUGCCGUUCUGCAAACUCUUCUGCUCGGUAUUGUCACGGCCUGCACAAACUGGGAAAACCAGAAGUGCCUUGGACGGAAAAUGAUGCAAAAGGAGCCUUGUGUGUUCACUACAACAAAGAGCAAUGAUCAAAUUCAGCGAUCUGCGAGCUUUGACCAAGACGCGGUGUUGAUGGAGUGA